AAACAAACAAGUUCCUGUUUUUACUGAACUUUUUUUUAUUCGGACUCAGGAGAGGAAGAUUACUGUACUUAAAAGAUGAUGAAAAACUGUCAGUAAAUGAGGAGAAGAAUCUGUGAUCUGGUGGUUUAGGUUUCAGUGAAAACAGUCUCUGUGAAAGUGAAAGUAAGUGAGCUGAAAAACAGACUCCAUUUUGAGAAACGAAGAGAGCGGAGAGGACGAGGAGACAGGGUGAGUGUUUACUCUGUUUUAGUUUUAAUGUCAAACUCUUUAUCUGUUUUAUCUGUUAAUGAAAAAUGAUUAACUGACUAAAACACUUAAAAACUGUAAAACAAAGAAACCUGAGCAGACAAAGAGCUGGAUCAGUUCUUCAUACAGGAAACUGUGUACGUGCAGUUCUUCCUCUUUUUUUUAGACUUGUCUUUGUGGUAAAAACUGAAAUCUGAAUCUUUUUAGCCUCUCAUUUCAACUUUAAUCCAGUCUCCUUAAGUUUUUAUGAGAGUUCAGGGACCUCACAGCUGAUUUUGUUUGGACCAUGAAUCAGACAAGGAUCAGAGAGAGGCCCUGCAGGGUGGGGAGACAUCAGAAGGUCUUGGAUAUUAAACCCAUAGACAUAUAUAAGAAAGGUUUAUAUACAUAUAUCUAUGAUUAAACCUGUAUAACUCUUAAAGAGGGGGAUGAAGCUGUUUUCAGACUCUCUACUUCCUUUCUGAUUCCUCUUUUAUUUCUGAACUCUCUCUUCCUGUUUGUGUCUCACCUGUUUGUCUACUUUGUCCUCAGGUUGUAGAACUUGAUUUCAUCUUCCAUAAAUAAACACCAGAUGGAGAAGAUGAGUGACUGUGUCGAGGAAGAGGAGGGCAGAGCAACGUCUGUAAUGGCCGACUGUCAGUCUAUGAAGAGUGACGGGUCUAAAGAUAAUCCUCUGAACUUCAGUAGAGAACCAGGACCAUCAGAUUCACAGUAAGAGAAACACUUUUCACCCUCCAAACUCUCAAACAACAACAGCUGAUGUUUCAAAAUCUGAACUUUAAAUCCUGACCCCUCUGUUUUCUCCUCUGCUCUGAAAACGCUGAUUUUCCUCUUUAACCUCCAACCUGGAGAAAGUAAAGAAAAAGUCACUGAGCUCAGAUUUACUUAUUAUUCCUGAUGUUGAUAAAAAUGAAGGUGGUAUAAAACAGCAUUAGAAAAGGAUCCUGACCUCUUGUAUUUUCUGAUUUGGUUCCUGUGUUUGGGACGUUUUGAGCCUGUUAGUCUUUGGACUGUGGUGUAUAGACCCCAGAAAACAGUCUGUGGGUCAGAAAAUACCAGAAGACCAAAGAAGAAAUAAAUCCUGAGAAAUAAAAACUCAUUCAGAGCAUCUGUCUGUUAUUAGACCUUUAGAUCUGAUUGUUAAAAAAUGUUUGAAACUGUCAGAGAAAAUCUCUCGACCUUCAAAAAUCACAGUUGAGUUUUUUCUCCUGUCUCCACACUUUGAGGCAGCAGCAGCUGAAUAUUUUACUGUUUUAUGUUAGAGAAAAGAGAAACUCUGGUUUAAUAAAUGUUUCUUAUUCUGAAUCUUUCAAACAUGAAAUAAUAAAGAAAAUAAAUGUUCUUUAUUUCCACAGAGAGACACAGAGAUUUGGCUUGAGGAAGGCGCUCAGAUACUUAAGCUCUGAUCAAAGUAAGUCUGAACAUCUGUCCUUUAAACCUUAAAUUACUCAAUUUCCACCUGGAUUAUUUUGCUUAUUUUAGCUGUAAUAUUGUCAGAAAAUGUCCUAUGAGUGAGUGCUUUUACCUAUUUUUCCAGAACACUUUAAACUUUAAAUAUCUGUCUGUCAUUUACAGUUUACUGUCUGUUAAAAGAGUGCUUUAAUAUUUUGAGAUAAAGAAAAACACAAAAACAAAAUAAGAUUUUUUGAGUUUUAAUGGUAAAAAAUAUUCAUGAACAACAGAUUUUUCUUUUGAAAUCAGAAAUUUGAAGAGUAUCAAACAUAUUUACAACAAAAACUUUGGAGUACUGUCUCUCAACGUACAAAAACAGGUUAAAUAAAUACAACCAUGUCCAGGCUCUUUUCUCCUCUCUCACUCAGAGGUCUUUGUUGAACUGUCAGAAGCUGUUCCUCUCUGUCUGCAGACACAGACACACGUCACACUUCCAGGCAGUUCUCCUUAUGACAGUUUGCAGGCAAUAUUUUUUUUUUUUUUGUGGGAUGGUAGGGGAGGGUCCCGCCUCCUUCGCCUCUGAUUGGCUACAAAAGCUGGAAACAUCAUCACACGCUCAAGCCAAAUGCCGUCUGUCUGCUCUGUACAUCGAACAGAACGUUUCCGCAACUCUGAGUCUCCUAACCCGAACCGGACAAACAAUGAUGUUUCAUAGCCAUAAGGAAUAACCAAUUGGAGCCCAGCACUUCUAGCCAAUCAGAGGUGAAGGAGGGCGGGACCUUCCCCUACUAUUUUACACAAAAAAAAUUGCGAGAGGAGGAGAGGGAAUGGAGAGACAGAUUUUCUCACUUCUCUAAACAGCAGGAGUGAAAUUACCAUAAUAAUCGAAUAUUGUCUGUGUGGUGAAACUUCUCAGCUUCCAGAAACCGUUGGAGUUUUUCUGAUAGAACAAACUAUCACAAAGUUACGGUAAUUUAAAGAGUGUCUGUGUAAAGGUGUCGGCGCCGACAGACUGUGAGGAAAAGUCUGUGUGGAUGAAAACUCAGCUGACUGAUUUUCACAAAGACGUUUCAGUUUGAGAAGUUUGGUUCAUUUUAUUUUUCUCCUCUUUCAGACAAUCGCGUUCUGCAGGAGGCUUUAAAUAAACAUAAGAUCAGUCUGAAGAGGAGAUGUGAACGUGUGAAUGAAGGAAGUGAUGAAACAGGAAGUAGUCAAACCCUCCUCAACAGGAUCUUCACUGAGCUCUACAUCACAGAGGGACUGAGUGAAGAGGUGAACACCCAACAUGAGGUGAGACAGCUGGAGACAGCUUCAAAGAUGAAGACCCUCCAUGACGAACCCAUCAGGUGUCAUGAGAUCUUUCAAACCUUACCUGACCAACAGGAGAAGGUCAUCAGAGUGGUUCUGACCAACGGCGUGGCUGGUGUUGGAAAAACCUUCUCAGUGCAGAAGUUCACUCUGGACUGGGCAGAGGGUUUGGAGAACCAAGACCUCCAUCUGGUGGUCCUGCUUUCAUUCAGGGAGCUGAACCUGAUCAGAAAGAAGCGCUUCAGUCUUCUGAGUCUGCUCCAUGUUUUCCAUCCAACACUAGAGAAGGUCACAGCAGAGAGGCUGGCUGUCUGUAAACUUCUGUUCAUCUUUGACGGUCUGGAUGAAAGCAGACUGUCUCUGGAUUUCACAGACUCUGAGGUGGUGUCUGACGUCACACAGACGUCUUCACUGAACGUUCUGUUAACAAACCUCAUCAAGGGGAACCUGCUCCCCUCAGCUCUCAUCUGGAUAACUUCUCGACCUGCAGCAGCCAAUCAGAUCCCUCCUUCACGUGUGGACAGGGUAACAGAAGUACGAGGCUUCACUGACGCCCAGAAGGACGAGUACUUCAGGAAGAGGUUCAGAGAUGAAGAUCUGUCCAGAAGAAUCAUCAAACACAUCAAGUCCUCCAGGAGCCUCCACAUCAUGUGUCAGAUCCCGGUCUUCUGCUGGAUCACUGCUACAGUUCUGGAGGACAUGAUGAUCAGAGAGCAGAGAGGAGAACUGCCCAAGACCCUGACUGACAUGUACUCACACUUCCUGCUGGUCCAGACUAAGAGGAAGAAGCAGAAGUAUAAAGGAGGACAUGAGACAAGUCCUCAGGAGCUGACUGAGGCUGACAGUGAAGUCCUCCUGAAGCUGGGGAGGCUGGCCUUUGAACAUCUGGAGAAAGGAGACAUCAUGUUCUACCAAGAAGACCUGGAGCGGUGUGGUCUGGAUGUCUCAGAGGCCUCGGUGUUCUCAGGAGUUUGUACAGAGAUCUUCAGAAGAGAGAGUGUGAUCUUCCAGAAAACUGUUUACUGUUUCGUUCAUCUGAGCGUUCAGGAGUUUCUGUCUGCAGUCUACAUGAUCCACAGUUUCACAAACAGGAACACAGAAGCUCUGAAGACUUUCCUAAGAGGCAACAAAAACCUGGAUGACUGUUUCUCAUCUCUGGAUGUCUUCCUGAAGAGUGUCAUGGAGAAAUCCCUUCUCAGUAAAAACGGUCACCUGGACCUGUUUGUUCGCUUCCUUCAUGGACUCUCUCUGGAGUCAAACCAGAGACUCUUAGGAGGUCUGCUGGGUCACACAGACAACAGUCCAAUAAUGAUCCAAAGAGUCAUCAAGAACCUGAAGAAGAUGAACAGUGAUCGUUUCUCUCCUGACAGAAGCAUCAACAUCUUCCACUGUCUGAUGGAGAUGAACGAUCUGUCAGUUCAUCAGGAGAUCCAAGAGCUCCUGAAGUCAGAGAACAGAUUUAAGGAACUCUCAGAGAUCCACUGCUCUGCUCUGGCCUACAUGCUGCAGAUGUCAGAGGAGGUUCUGGAUGAGUUGAACUUAUAUAGUUAUAACACAUCAAACCAGGGACGACUGAGACUGAUCCCAGCUGUGAGGAACUGCAGAAAGGCUGAGUAAGUCCAGGUUUUAUUCUCAGAAUAGUGUAAAUGAUCCCUGUAGUUCUUCUAAUGUCCACGUUACUGAUGAUGUUCUUCUUCAAAUAGAAAUCCACUCAAAUAUCAGGGAGGGGGUUUCUUUAGCAGAAACAUGAUCCUGGUGUCUAAAGUCCUGUUAGUCCAGGAUGAGGUCUACCUGUGGACCCCUGAGAACUUGUCCUGAUUGUGGAGGACCUCUUUGUUUUGAAUCGUGUCUGUAAUGAAUAAAGUGGAACUUUGAGGACAAAUCAGCGACCAUAUCUGAGGACACACAGAGGUCUUCUGAUGAUGGUAUCAGUCCAGAUCAACAUCUCAGUCAGUUGUGGUGAACUUGAGUUUGAAGAAGGUGUCUGCAGCUUCUUCCUGCUGGUUUUCAGGUUGGAAAUGAUGAAUCUGUUGUAAAUGAGGGUGUUGACAGCAUUGAUGGUGAAAAUAGAACUGGAUCAUUUUCUACACAGUGGCAGAACUGUCUCUGUACCAUCAUGUUCAUCAUUCAGUAUUCAUAAUCAAUACAACCAUGAAAACUAACAUCAUUUUCCACCACUCACUGGAGAUUAUCUGCUGGACUAGAACAUAUGAAUGAUGAGAACACAGGAGGUAUUUGGACAGCAGCUCCAUGAGUCUGAAAACAAUGGUGGAGAUAGGAUGUUAAUGUCUCUCUCUCUCUCUCUCUCUCUCUCUUCCCUCGGUGCUGCAGGUUGGCACUAACACUAGUCUGCCUCAUAACACCUCACAGCAUGUGGAAACAGCCGUGCUCUUCCACUGUAUUUAUGGUCACUAUGGGCUCUAUUUUCGUGCCCACCGGCGGCGCGGCGGAGGGUGGUGCACCCUGCGCAGUGGUAUUUUUGUCCGGUGCAGCUCGGCGCACUGCCAGUUUGGUAUUUUAGUAGACUGAGGUCCGCCAAGGUCCGCCACGGUGGCGCGGUAGGGGGAGGUGUCGACAGAAUCAGCUGGCGCAGUCACAUUUUUGUGCUCACCGAAGGUGUGGAAUGUGCGCUGAAAUCUCGCCAAAUCAAACCUGGUCAUCUUUCAGCGCAGGCGAAGCUCAGCUGGUCUAGUGGUAUUUUGGUAGACCAGCGGCGUAGUGCGCAUACGUCACCGAUGCCUCACCGGCAGGUUUCCACAGUGUCGGAACAUUUCAGGGAAAUAAAUAAUCAACAAUAACUAAUAUUCAGUGUGACUAUCUGAGUCAGCACUUAUACAUUUAGAUUUAUAUCGAUUUAUCCUGAUUUAUAUCUGCUCUGAUGAGCGAGUUUGGCACUCGUUUGGACACUCAAUCUGACCGCAUUAACACAGCUGAAACUGCAUUAAAUUAAAUAUCCUGUAUAAAGUCACAAAUGAUGACGUUAACAAGAUAUUUAAUUCGUCUCCCCCCUUUUCUCUCUCCCUCUUCCUCUUCUUUCUCUCGCAGCUCGACUUAAGACAUGUCUCCGUGUCCUCUCCCUGCUGCUGCGGCGGCUGAUCAGAUGAUUUAUUUCAGUGAUCAAAAGAGUUAUUCACUUAAAAAAUAAAAGAAACUUUUAUUCAAAAUUAACCGUUUAUCUGAUGUUUUCACAUCCUUCAAAUUCAGUUUUCUGAGCCAAGUUUGUUCUAUAUGCCAACAUCUAUGAAAGAAAGAACCAGGACACGGAGCGCAAUACGUCCUUUAUGCACAGAUGGUUCUGAUUUUAAUGCCAUUAUUGGAAUUUAUGUCAUCUGUGCGCACAACCCACCUUUGUCAUGUGAGGUUUAAAUAUGUGCAACUUUAUGAGAGUGUUUUAAUUAGUGGAAAAGGGUGUUUGUCUUACCAGUGGGUCCAACAUUACACACACCAAAUCCCUCUGUGCUUAUUUGAGAGAGUGUCCUCAGUGUCGACACUUCUUAAGGAGCUGCCUUCUGUCGCCAUCUUGUGGUAUUGCUGUCCUCAGCCAUCUCUUGAUCUCUUCGACUACUUCACAAUUUAAAGGUGAGGAGAGAAGCUGAUGUGAUUGGUGAAAACAGGACUCUGCUGUGUUAAACCCACUCCACGCCUUAUCCCCUCCCUCUCUACUACUUAUGCUGCUUAGAGGAGCUGAGUUAGGGAGGGGGGGUACUUACGCCGGGCUGCGCUGCUCACCAGUAUACCAAAGUGUGCUUGGGCACGCCUUACUGGCGCGGUGGACCUGACCCUGCGCCAUGCUGCUAGCAAGACACGAAAAUAGAGCCCAUGGAGUCAUUUGUCUUGAACAUCUGAACAGUUUUUAUUUUCGUCUAAACUUUGACUUCCUGUCUUCUCUCAUGGCUGUGGUCCUGAUAUUAGUAUCUGUCUGGUUAAAAACAGGCCGUCUGUCAAACCAAAGAUCAUGUUUGUUUUUGGUGAAGAGAAACAUCAAAUUACCCUUUAAUGAAAUAUUGUUGAUAUUCAUGUUGUUACAGAUUUUCUAACUGUGGACUCUCAGAGACUCACUGUGAAGUUGUGGCCUCAGCUCUGAAGUCCAACCCCUCCCAUCUGAGACAUCUGGACCUGAGUCACAACAAUCUGCAGGAUUCAGGAGUGAAGCUUCUCUCUGCAGGACUGGAGAGUCCAAACUGCAGACUGGAGACUCUGAGGUGAGACACCAUUUCCUUCUGAUCUAACAAUAAGAUGUGACAGCUGCUGUCUUAGAUUUUUCUCUGUGGUUUUUCCAUCAACUUUGGUCGAGCAGUUUGAAUUUGUCGUUGUAAAACUUCAACACAGGAAGAAAAAUCCGACAUUUCAGAGUUGACUUUGAGGAGAACGAUGGAUGUAGAAAGGAAGCAGGAGAAAAUCAGUCCCACAAAUAUUACACAUGCUUGUAGAGGGCAGGAGCAGCACAGACUAAAGGCUGAUACUGAACUGAUCCACAGUUAAUGUGAUCACUAAUGAAUGAAUGAAGUGUCAGAGAAAUGAUGAGCUGCAGAUUGAAACCUGAAGAACAAAGUUAAUCCAACUCUGGAGAUUUCAUUUGGAAACUCUUGAAAACUUGAAUUUCUUCUUUGCUCAGUCGUGUUCAAAUGUAAAAACAAGAUCCAGAUUUUUCUGCAGUUUUCACUUCAGUUUGUUGAACAUGAACAUCAUCUUGUCCAGUUGGUCCAUAAAAACCUCUCUGAUCAAUGAUCUGUUGGUUUAUUUAAGAGUAGUUUGGCAGUUGUUGACAGCAGACGGACAGACCCCUGAAUAAACUCCUGACGUCUGGUUCACACUGGAAGCGCCGCGCGCGGAACGGAAGCGCCGCGCACAGAGUUUCAGAUCGGCGCCCAUGUUAACCUAUGAGACUGUUCACACAGCACGCGCGCGGCGCUUCCGCGCGCGGAACGGCUCGCGCUCUGGAGCGCGGCUGCUCCGCUUCUCUCUAUUUUUGGCGCGAGCCGCGCGCGCCGAUGUAAAGCUCAACAGAGCAGAUCGGACCAGACAGGAAGUCAGGAAGGAGAUGCGAGAGAAUCCGGUCAAUUUUCAAAAUAAAGUAAAUUUCAAUAAAUUAGAAAAAGAUUGACUGUGUUGCUUGUCGGUCUAUUUUUUUUUUUUUUACCGAUGAACACACACACACACACACACACACACACACACGGAGGGAGAGCUGCAGAGAUUCAGUGAUGUUAUUGAGACAAAGGGGGGGGGGACUUUAUUACGAUACAGUCAAUAGCCUCGAGCUAACAAGGCUAUACAUACAACGGAGUCAACAGACUCCCCAAUUUAUUCGUCGUUUACCCCUAUAUAAUAAUUUAAAACAAUACUUGAAGAUGCUGUCAAUAUUUAAUUCAUGUAUGACGAAAUAAAAACGUAAAUAAAUAGUGAUUUACCCAUUUUUAAAGCGCUCGUAAGUGUGGAAAACUGAGGGCAGACGGAAACGGCCGAGCACUACCGGGCUCAGUCGAUGUCUGACCGGCAUGUCAGAGCGCAGCAGAAAGCGCUUCCUGUGUGAACAGCCAAGCGCGAGCCGGCGCUGCGCGAGCCGGCGCUGCGCGAGCCGGCGCUGCGCGCGCGCGGCGCUUCCAUUCCGCGCGCGGCGCUUCCAGUGUGAACCAGACGUGACUGUUUUAAUAUCAAUGAACUCUGUGACUUUCUGCAGAGUCCAAACUGUAAACUGGAGACUCUGGAGUAAGUUUAGUCUUUGUCUGUUUCUGUUGUCGAUUUUUAUGUUUAUUCAGUUUUUUUAACCCAGUUCAAAUGUUCAUAGAAUUCUUUAAUAUUUCCAGAACUUUCUUCUUUCUCACAUAAAUUCAUAGUUUUUUUUUAUUGAAUCAUCAGUCAGAUACAGAUGGAGGAAAACUGUGAGUUAUUUUGUUGAUUGAAUGUUGAUGAUUUUUGAUCAAUGGUUCAGAUGAUCACUGCAGUGAUGUUGACGGGUUUACUUCCUCGGUCUCUAAAUCAGUCAAAUGUUCAAGGAUGCAGUGAACUCACUAUCCAUGCAGCUCAGGAACACAGCUCAUCUUUUUCAUACAGGAAACUUUGUCAACAACAAAGGUGUGUUAAAGUCCCAUCAGUCAGCAGCUUCAGUCAGAAACCUCGCUGUCAGAGCUCCGUCAUUUCAACCCUCUGUAUAACUCCUCAGCACAGACCAGACCCUGUGAGCACAUCCUCACAACAUGCUGCUUUAGGUACAACAACAACAAUCAGCUGUUAGCAGAGAUUUCAUCCAAACAGUCCAGGAUACAAACUUUGAAGUGGUUGGAAAAUUCAGGUGUCCACCGCUCAUGCAGAGUUGACUCAUGUUGAUGUUGAUGAUGUUUUCAUGUCUAGAGGACAUGCUGGAGUGAAUUCAACCAAACCUCCUGAGAAAAAGACAGCGGUGGCAGACAUUAGAUCAGGCUUCAUGACGUCUGUGCGUCCCUUUAUUCAACCAGAUCAGCAGUCCCAGAGUUUUCCCUCAUCUCUUCAGAUUUGAUGGUUUUUGUGAUUUUGAUGUUUCCACACAAACUUUAAAUUGUUGAAACUGAAUUUAGUUUGUCAUGAUAAUGUGACAGCUGUUUUUUUAAAUAAACUUUUAGAUUUGGAGUUUUAGUCUUUAAAUUUCAGAGACAUUUUGAACAUAUUCAUGAGUUAAUAUUCAUGAAUUACAACCAUAUCAUACUGAUAUCACACAGGAGUGUGACAGGUGUUUAUUAGUCUUUUUGACACGUUACAAUAAUGAGGAGAAAGUCAUGGACUAAACUUGGGCUCCCAGUUUCCUUGUUGUUGUUGUUUCUUCAGCUAGCAUCAUUGUUUUCAUCACAGUUAUUAAAGUAAUAAUGAUGCUUCAUAAAUUCAGAGUCACAAAAAAACACCAAACAAACCAAAUCUGAAAAAAAUCCACUUUUUCAUCAAAUGAGUUUAAUCGGUCAGAACAUGAGGUUUGAGUUUUCAUGAGGAGGAAACGAGAAAGAUCUGCUCUGACAGUGAGAAACACAGACGCCUGAAUUUACACUGACAGACACACAAACACAGACAGAGAGACACAGACAGACAGAGAAACAGACAGAGAGACACAGACACACAAACACAGACAGAGACACAGACACACAAACACAAACACAGACACACAAACACAAACACAGACACACAAACACAGACACACAGAGAUGUUCCUCUUCGUCUCUUUGCUGUGAUGACUGAAGUCACAAAAACAAAGUUUUCUUCGUCACUUUUAUGAUUGAACCAAAUAAGUUAAAGAACCAAACUCUCAGAUUUUCUUCUUCUCAAUAUUAUUUGAAUCAUUUUGAUUUUUCUCCUGAUCAAUAUUCAAUGAUCAAAUUGAUUAGGUUCCUGUUUUGGCUCCACUGCCUCUUUUCUGCAGCUCAAUAACUGCUCAUAUGGUUUGAAAGGUUCCUGCAGUAAAACCCGAUUAGAGAGUGGACUAAAUGAAAUGUGAGUGAACUCAGCCAUCAGUGAAUCAAUGACAAAGUGAGAGGAAGAGUGGAUCUGUCUGCUGUCUGACCUUGUUGAUCCUGAUGAAGGUGAGGGAGAAGAGUAAAGCAGUAAAGGUGAUGUUGUUGCAGACAGAGUCAGCUGACCUGUCUCAUCAGAGUCUCAUCCAUUCUCUGUUUGGCAGAGCGCUGAUGUUACAGUCUGAGAGCACAUUCAGGUUCAGCUUCACAUGGGCUGGAUCUGCUCAAUACAAACUCUUGAGACCAGCCUGGUUGAGGGAGGUGGGCUCAGUGUCCUGGGUGACUCUCUCUGAGCUCUUCUUGGUUGAGAGUAUUUCUGGUUUGUCUCUGACUUCCAUGAACUCAGAUCUGGAGGAUUGCUGGCUGGUCCGGUCCAGUUCUGACAGCAGAGACAACACAGUCUGUUAUUCUGGGUUGAGUGUUCUUGUUGAAGAUCAGUGUACAGUGAGGGAUGAAGGCAGACAAAGAUCCUCCUGUUUCCUCCAUGUCACAGUUCAAGUUCAUUUUGAAGACUUUGAUUGAUCCGAGCGCUGAAGAGGAACAGGAAACGAGGAGUAGAGAGUGAGGGAGGACUUACAGCAAAGGAUCAUGGGAGUCCAACCAGCAACUGCUGCAACAAGGACUCCACCUUCUGAUCAUCUGAACCUCUAAUCCAAACCAGUGCUCCAUCACAUCUGAUGUCUUGUCUGUUAUUUUACAUGGAGGGUCAGAGCAGACCAGAUCAUGAGCUCUGACAGACUGGAUCUGGUCCAAAGGUCUCCUGUUGGAGUUCUCUAAGCUCCAUAUUUUAAACCUGAACACCUGAAGUUUGAUUAUUAAUUAUUUUUAUCUUCAUUCUCUUUCCUUUUUUCAGACUGUGGAGCUGCAGGUUGUCAGAGAUCAGCUGUUCUUCUCUGGCCUCAGCUCUGAAGUCCAACCCCUCCCAUCUGAGACAUCUGGACCUGAGUAACAACAAGCUGCAGGAUUCAGGAGUGAAACUGCUGUGUGACUUUCUGCAGAGUCCAAACUGUAAACUGGAGACUCUGAGGUCAGACUUUUUUCCUCCAUUCAAACAUUCUCAUGAUUUGUUUGUGAUGAUGACACUAAACUGCUGACUCAGGACUGAAAUACUGACCCAGACUGAACACCUUCAGUCCAGAGUAGAUUUUCUGCAUCAGUGGAUUAUUUGAUUGACUCCAGUUAGAUCACUGCUGAGCUCCAGUGAAUUAAAACCUGAACCCAAGAAGAAAACUCUUUGUAGAGUUCACAGUGAGAAGCUCAUUCAGACAGAAAACAGAAGCAGGGGGAGAUUUGUCAGACGAGAACCAUUCAAACUUUAGUUCAGGACAAGAUCAGGGAAUAGAAAAAACUCAGAGUUUAGUUUCUGACUCUGAUGAAAGUCCAGCUCUGUUACUUUGAAUUUUGUUUUUGAAUCUUUGUGUGAAAAUCUGAAUUUUCUGGUUUAUCUGCACUUUUCUGAAGCCUUGCUGUGUUUAGACUGAAAUAUUUACCUCUCAAAGACGUGAUAUUUUUGGUUCAACAAAGUGAAAAUAUUCUGAACAUCCUUUGUUUCCCAUCCGUCCUGAAGUCGCUGACAUUUUCUGAAAAUAUUGAUCUGCAUCUACAAUCAGUAAAAAAGUCUCUGAGUUUUUUAUUUCACUAUUUCAUGUGUUUUUGAAUUCACUGUUUCAAACUGACUUCCUGUUUGGUUCAGCUCUUUGGAGCGUCACUUUUCUCUGAUUCAUACUUUCCAAACCUUUCCCCUGAACUCUACACAUUUAAGACAUCAGGUUUCAAACUGGAUCAUUUUUCUCUAAAAUCUCAUUAUUUCCUCUUUAUUUAGGUUGAAUAACUGCAGUUUGACAAAGAUCAGCUGUUCUUCUCUGGCCUCAGCUCUGACGUCGAACCCCUCCCAUCUGAAAACUCUGUGGCUGUUUGGAAACAAUCUGCAGGAUUCAGACGUGAAGCUGCUGCGUGAUCUUCAGAAGAGUCCAGACUACAGACUGGAGACUCUGAUGUCAGUAUAGAGUUGGAGUUAGUCUGUGCUGAUCUCUCCUGUUCCUCUCCACACAGUAUCACAGCAGAUAUUCAGUAUUUCCUGCUGACUCUUCGACCCUCUCAGAGGAUUCUUUCUUUAGUGAAGCUGUGAGAACAGAAAUCAUCAAACCAGGAGUGUAAGAGUGUCAGUGAUGAAAAAAGUGUCUCCUCGUCUCUAUAUUUCAGAUCAAAUGUAGAAAUGAGACAUAAUGAAACAGAAAUGUUCAGUUUCUGCUCUGAAGUCCAGUUUAUAGUUCUCUGUAUUCAACACAGACUUUAUUUCUCUGCUAACUUGUUGAUUUUGAGCUCUAAGUCUGAAAACAGACAGCUGUUCUUUAUACUUGUUAUUUUCACAGCAGGUUUGUUCGAUCAGCUUUAACACAUUUGACAGGAAGGAUUUCUUUAUUUUGAUGAUGUUGGUUUAUUUGUGAGGAAACCUGCUGCUUUACACCAUCACUUCUGCUCUGAGCAGGACUGAGACCUGCUGGUCUGUAAACUGGAUGUUCUUCAGUCCAGCUGAUGAAGUGAGUCUCAGAGUUGAAACACUGAUCGUCUGUUUUUCUCUCCUCAGAUGGAGGUUAGAGUGAUUAAGAAGAGGAUCAUGUGUUUCCUGACGAUCAGAGAGGUGGAGGCAGCACCAGUGAGGGUGAGGUGAGUCUCUGACUGAGAGACUGACUGACCAAUCACAGCGGGCGGAGAGGACUCUGGGAGCUGCACUUUGACCUGCUCUGAGAUCAGCUCAGGACCUGGACUCUGGAGAUUUGAUCUUUUCCCUCAUAUUCUGGGAUCAAACAGUCUGAACAGUGUAGAAAUUUGAAUUUAUAAUAAAUGUCCUAAAAUAUUCAGAUUAAAUUAUGACAUUUAUGGAUCGUUAAAACGGGCACCACUAGGGUUGGACAUCGAGUCUCGAGCAUCGAUGGAGACUGAGACUAACAUUCAGAUUCUCCAGGAAUCGUUCGAAUUUUAUAAUUUGAACGACGAGAAAGACACCACUUAACACCAACGAAGAAGAAGCCGCCGAACACCAACAAGGACGAAGCGAAAAUCAAACGAUACCCAACCCGAGGCACCACCCACCCUUACCGGUGGGAAAAAUAAAGAAAACAAAGUUUAGCUGAUUAAUCAAACGUUGAAUCAGUUUUAAACAGAUUUAAAUCAAUCUCACAUCUGAGGCGGGAACUCUCAUUUCAGGGACUUCACUUCUGGAAGGACCACUAAGAGACGACAACUUAAAAUUAAACAGGUACUUUAUUGACAAAUGCUGAUAACAUAAAUUCAAUAAAUGAUGAUCAGAUAAUGAGGAAAAUAAAAGAACACCUAACAGGUAAAUGGAGGAAUGGUUUGAAGUGAGCGAAGACUGGAGGUUAAUGAUCGUGAAUAAGGACAAAUUUAACCAACGUUAACGGGGUUACGAGGAUAAAUCUGGAAGAGGAAUUUGGAGAAACUAAACUAUAAUUAAGAAUAUAUUAAGACUGUUUCACUGCUGAUGUGAUGUACAGAUGGAAAAUCCUGACCAAGUGUCCAUUACAGACCACCAGGAGGACAGGGUUUGGGGUUUUCAGAAAAAUCUGAAGAUUUAUUCUUUUACUUGAUUAUUUUUGUUCAUCUGUUUUCAUUUUCUGAAAUGAUUGUAAAUAUUGACUGGAGGUAAAUUGACCUUAUUUUAUAUAAUUAGACAUUAUUUUCCGUCUCUUUACAUGUUUUUGUUCUCAGAUCAUCUUUGUGUUCAUCAAUAAUCGAUUCCCUCCAGUUUGGAUGAACAAACACAAUUAUGAAACCAUAAAUGAGACCUGAGAGUAAAAUGUGUGAAAUAUAAUCAGUCAAAGGAAAGAUUCUAGAACGAAAACAAAAACAUUAUUUUUACUUGAUUAUGACGGAGAAGUUUUCCUCUGACAGACAAAAAUAACCGUAUUGACUGGAAAAAGUGAGAUCAGCAUCUAUUCAGGGUGAAGUCAUUAACGUGGUCGAUGCUGUUUUAUAAACUCAGUGUUGUUGAUUACAAUCUCAGCUUCAUAAAUUGAUGCUACAGUGGAGUGACUUCCUGUAAAAUCCACUGGCUUUGUGAGACCGUCAGCUUUCAGGAGAUCAGUUUGUGUUUCUGUGACACUCCAAAGCUUUUCUAUCCCACAGAGAAGAUCGGUGUGUUUUCAGAGACCUUCCUGAUCCCAUCCCUCCAAAAUGAAAAUAAUCUGAUGGUUUAUGGAUUCAUUUCAGUCACAAAGUGUCAUUUCUGUUGUUAGCCAAUCAGAGGCUGUAUCUGCCAUCAGACAACCUGUAGUGGUCCAAUCAAAAGCCAGGACAGUAACAACAGGAAACAUAGAACUAUUGUGAACAGAUCUGUCCUCUUCAGUUUAUCUAGUAUCAAUAGAUCUAUGCUCUGUCUGUGUAACACUAUGUUGGUUCUUCAUUUACACCAGAUCAUUUUUGAUUUCAUUUCACUGUAACAAUGUCAUUUAAAGACAAUAAAAACUUUAUUUGAACCAAAACAUGUUAAAAUCAUAAACUCAGCUUGUUUCAGUCACUGUGUCCAGUUGAUUAUUAUUAUUUUUCAUUCAAACAAAAACUAGAUUUGGUCUUUAAAAAGUCCUCAAAGUGAGUCUGAAAAGUGGAGGAAGGUUUUCUCAUCAAGGUGCUCCUAUAUUCAGGUCAAUACGGUAGUGGAUCAUAGAGACUCAAAGCCUUGAUUCAGCUGAGGCUGGAGGACGCUGCGUGAAGGAAAGUCGGUGUGUUUAGUUGGUCUUAGUUUCUAUUAAACAGGAACUUUGAUUUGAUCGUCUUUUCUUGGAAAUCAAACUUCCUGUUGGACUCAAAGAUAAAGUCUGUGAUCCCCGUCAGGUUUGAAGACUUUAGUCUCACAGCAGAGUGAUUGUGGCUCUGAGGUGUUUGGACAUGUUGAAAUUGAAGCUUUUCUUUGAGAAAAACAAACUGAAUCAUGCAGCACAGUUGAUUCACGUGUUUUUAUUGGUGAUAUUCUCUCUAAGGUUAUUGUUCAUUCAAAGUAUGUGGAGGACAAAUCCACACAUCUAACAAAAAAAGGUCAAAAAUGAAGAUAGGAGAUUUCUGCAGGACAUCAACGAUAUUCUAGAUUUAGUUUUCUAAACAACAGGUGGUCGUCUCUUAGACUUUGAUCCAGAAAUCUGAAAAAUGGGUUAUUAAAGCAAAAGGAGAAAAACACACAUGUAUACUGUAUAUAUAGAUAGAUAUCUCACAGAACAGAUAUACAGAAAGGCAACAAGAGAAAGAUAUUUAUAUUGAAAAUGAAUACAGAUAUGUUGAUGUUAUAUGUUAUUAGUUAUCAUUUAAUAGAAAUAUUACUCAUAUAACAUACAUUGAAUAAUUAAAUGUUUUAUAAAAAAUGUAAUAUUAUACCUUGUGUGUGUAGACCUAUAGCUAUUACUCUACCUGUUUAAUGUUUAUUUAUGAAAAUCCAUGGUUAAAGUUAUUCCGGAGUAUGCAGGAACAUAAUGAAAACCGUUUAAAAAUCAGUUUAAAAUUAAUCAAUCUAUGGUUAUUUAAAUGUUACAUGGACUGUAGACUUUAAUGUCAUAACUGAGCGAGCUGCCUGUGGCAAGAUGGCCGUCAUGCGAGGAUGUUGGUCUUCGCUGGUAGUGGGGUAAGAUGAUCCAUGUUUGGGAUCUCUACAUCAAGUCAAUCCUAGUUUUGUCUCUAACUCGUGUCUCUGCAGAUAUUUCAGGAUGUUGUUCAUCCCUGAAAACCAACAGAAUGAGUGUAAACAGAACUGUCAUCUUCAGAAUACAGCAGGACAAAAAAAAGGGUCUCCUUUGGUCAACUUACCCCGUGUAUGUUUGGGCUAAGUUGAAAAAUUCAUUGUUUUGUUUCGGGACUGAU